AAAAACUCAGCGAGCGUCAGUCAAUGUUUUAGGAGAGGAAACUUUCUUCUUUAGACGGCGCACAGUCGACGAGAAUUUGCAGUUUUCUUAAUCACACAACGCUCUAUCUGUUUGGAUUACUGACAUCGGCGACUCCAGAGAAUAUAAACAAAGCUUUUUCGGAAGGUGGAUUUGUGCGAUUCCUCCAAUUUUGCGCGUGACAACUGUAUUGCAAGAGCGCGCGGCUUCCGGAUAUAUUACUGUUUCUCUCGCGCAAGAGCGCACAUUGCAAAAUUUUCUCUUUCGCGGCUUUCUAACCACAUAAACUCGCUUUGAAUCUCACAUUGGUUUUGUUUUUCUUUUUUAAAGUGAAAGCUCCAGCAUGAAGACUCGUACGUAAGAGUGAAGAUUUUCCCUGAUGAAAGGAGUCGAGCGUUAAGCUCGAGUUCAAUAGGGACACUUCCUGAUGAUGACAGUAAACAUGGAUGAUGAAGAGGCACUCAACUCCAUCAUGAAGGACCUGGCAGCUUUACGCUUCUGUUACCAGUUCAAGAGCAACAACACCAACAAGCCCAAGAGCAGGACCCAAGCCUACAGACAGGAUUUACGGGUGAAGUUGGAGCAUGAGCGAGAGAAACGAAUUAUCCCGUUCCAGAGACCACUGAAGUUCAAAAAUCUGCUUCAGAAGGUGACAGAAGCCUUUGGGCAGCAAAUGGACCUGUACUACACAGAUAAAGAGAUGUUGGUGGCUCUGAAGUGUCAGGAGGAUUUGGACAGAGCUGUUCAGGCUUUGAGCUCCAGUUCUGGAAUGAACAACCUGCUGAGAGUGAUUUUGAAAACACCUCUCAAUAACCAAUUCCUGCAGGUCAGCGGCCAAGACAAACACAGUGAGAUGCGGUCAUCCAGGUCUCUGGGAGAUCUCAAAGCCUCAGUUCUCAAAGGCUCAGAACGAGUGCGCAAACACUCUACAGGCUCUCUGAACACUGGCCGCACCUCUCCUCCUCCAGGCAGCGUACCGGAAGAACAGCAGCAGAUCGCUCGGCAGGGGUCCUACACCAGCAUCCACAGCGAGGGAGAGUUCAUCCCUGAAACCCUCGACUCGAAUAUUUUGGAGCCAUUUGGGAGUGCUAAUGGGUCACUUUCCAGCAGCUGUCAAUCACUGGACCAGGCGCUGGACAGCCCACCGUUCUCACCGAACAACCGGGACAACAAUUACCUGAACCUCAACUAUGAAUACAAAGGACGACAUGGGAAACAUGGCACCUUCCCACGUCAGUUCCAUGUGUCCAGUCGUUGUAAAGACUAUGGGGAUGGUCGAAGGACUUUCCCUCGAAGUUUUAUGCCCCAGGAAAACCUGUUUCAGCUGGUCCCUUCCAGCUGUACACGCAGCUAUAAUGGAGAAAGCACCAUGCUAUACAAUGGAGAUCAGCACUCUAUCAGCUGGACUGAGAAAAGCAGCCAGCGCAACUCUCCCAAAUCCCCAAGGGCUCCGGUAAACUGGCGUCAAGGGAAACUCCUUGGUCGAGGAGCCUUCAGCGUGGUCUACCUUUGCUACGACGUUGACACGGGACGUGAGCUUGCAGCCAAGCAGGUGCCCUUUGACCCUGACUGUCAGGAGACAAGCAGAGAAGUGAAUGCACUGGAGUGUGAGAUUCAGCUCUUGAAGAACCUUCGUCAUGAGCGUAUCGUUCAGUACUAUGGCUGUUUGCGUGAUCCGGUACAGAAAAAGCUGUCCAUUUUCGUGGAAUUCAUGCCCGGGGGCUCUAUAAAAGACCAGCUGAAGGCAUAUGGAGCACUAACUGAGAAAGUCACCCGCAGAUACACCAGACAGAUCCUCCAAGGAGUCCACUAUUUGCACAGCAACAUGAUCGUACACAGAGACAUCAAAGGCGCUAACAUUCUGAGGGAUUCCUCCGGAAAUGUGAAGCUGGGAGAUUUUGGAGCUAGCAAGCGCAUUCAAACCAUAUGCAUGUCAGGGACGGGAAUCAAAUCAGUCACUGGCACCCCCUACUGGAUGAGCCCGGAAGUUAUUAAUGGAGAAGGAUAUGGACGUAAAGCAGACAUCUGGUAAGAUCACAUGUAUUUU